AUUUUAAUGGAAUAGGGACUAAUUUCUGCAUCAAUAUCUACAAAAAUGAUAGCUCCUUUAAAAGUAUUGCUAAUUUCAUUGAUCAUCUCAAUAAUUGUAUGUUUUGUCGAAGCAAUAGUUUUUAGUGUGAAAACAUCUGAAAUAGGUAAGGAUAUUUGAUUUAGCAAUAGAUCAACAUUGUGGUUCAAAUUCCGCUGCAAUAGUCUAAACGAUAUCUUAUUACUUCGCAUUGAUAGCCCUAUUGGUUUUUGCUUUUGGCAUUAAUAAAUUGAAAAAAACUUACUUAUUGCUUACAACAAUCCCUUCCAUAAUUUUAAAGAUAGUUUCAUUUAUAAUGAUGAUGACUUAAUUAAAUAAACUAUGGGGCACGUGCUAUAUUUAAGGCUCCUAAAUUUCAACCUUCAUUAUGAGUGACUUUUUUUGGAUUUUAAUAUUGAUCUACUAUUUUAAUGCAUUAUCCAAAUUAUAGUCCAAGUUCCCAGAAGCCUUUUACCAUAGUUUUAAAAUUAAUUUACUAUGGGCUUGA